CAUGGCAAUGUGACAUGAUCCUGACACUGGUGUAAUCGCGGGGGGUGGGUGUGUGUGUGUGUGUGUGUGUGUGUGUGUGUGUGAUUAUUUACAGUGUCUUAAUAGAAACUGCCGCAUUCGUCUACGUUGAAGUUAGUUCAUCGAGAUUAACUUUGUCUAUAAUAAGUGCUUGUAGACAAAGUCACUGAAAGUGAAAGUUAAUCUUGAUGAACUAUGUUUAAGUCAGUGCUACGGUAUCGUACCGUGCCCCUCCGUCGGCUGAUAAUUCCCAUAAGACACUGGCCUAGCCCUAGUCCGGAGGGACAUAAUAUGGCUACUCGAGAAUCAAGAGUACUGCACCCACUGUCUUGGUUAUUGCCUGACAAAGACAAAGAUAUAUGUUUGGUGCUCUUGAAUAAUCAGAUAGACAGGGAAAUCAAGUUGUUGAAACAGUUAUGGAGAAAAGCUCUUUUCGUGUCAUGUGUAGACGGUGCUGUUAACCGUCUGUUCGACUCACUCGGUGAUGACAGAGAUGAAUUUAUACCACACUUAAUCUCAGGAGACUUCGAUUCGGCCAGACCGGAAGUACUAGAGUUCUAUAAAAACAAGGGUACUGAAGUUGUUGAAACUGCUGACCAGGACCUCUGUGAUUUUACUAAAAACCUGCAGUUAGUGUUAUCUAGAAUCAAGUCUCUUGAGUGUGGCAGUAUUGUCACGUUCGGAGGUAUUGGGGGCAGCAUGGAGGGGCGUGCUGACCAUCUAUUUGGCAACAUCAACACUCUGUUUGAGACGCGGCAACUCAUUGACAAACCAGUCUACCUUGCUUCAGGCGGCUGUCUCAUAUGUCUCGUGAAUGAGGGCCACACCACAAUAAAAGUUGACACAGGAUUUGAAGGUGCAGCGUGCGGGCUUAUUCCGAUUGGUGGUCCAUGUGAUCAUGUGACUACAACAGGUCUUAAAUGGAAUUUAGAUAAUCAGCGUCUCCAGUUUGGGGAGUUGAUCAGUACAUCUAACACCUUUCUUGGAUCAGCUGAGGUCACCAUUCAGACAGACACACCUGUGUUGUGGACCAUGCAGUAUGACUAUAAUGCCUGACCAGUUAUAUAAUAUCUGCAGUGUACUAUGCUAGGGGUGUGAUCUAGCUCAAUCACUAGAGUGCUGUGAUGGGGUGUGAUCUAGCUCAACCACUAGAGUGCUGUGAUGGGGUGUGAUCUAGCUCAACCACUAGAGUGCCGUGAUGGGGUGUGAUCUAGCUCAACCACUAGAGUGCCGUGAUGGGGUGUGAUCUAGCUCAACCACUAGAGUGCCGUGAUGGGGUGGGAUCUAGCUCAACCACUAGAGUGCCGUGAUGGGGUGGGAUCUAGCUCAACCACUAGAGUGCCGUGAUGGGGUGGGAUCUAGCUCAACCACUAGAGUGCCGUGAUGGGGUGGGAU